UUGUGAAGAACGGUCUGAGAUUCCUGGAGAAUUUGGGACGUGGGGAGAGGGGCUGGCGGAGUGCAGAUUUACAAGCGGACAGAGAGAAUAACAUCCAAGCUGUUCUACACCAACAUGGCGUCUUGUGGUCCUUUUCUCCUCCUGGCUCUCCUCAUGGGUCUCCUCCUCGUCCUCCAGAGCUCCGCAGCGGAGCCGAGCGCCCACCCAGAGAGCUUGCUAGUUAUCACAGCAGCUACAGAGGAGACCGAUGGCUACAAACGGUUUAUGAGGACCGCCAAAGAGUUCAACUACACUGUCAAGGUGCUGGGUCUGGGGGAGGAGUGGAAGGGGGGGGACGUGGCCAAUACGGUUGGGGGGGGGCAGAAGGUUCGCUGGCUGAAGAAAGAGCUUCUGAAACACGGUGACCAGCGGCACCUGGUCAUCCUCUUCGUAGACAGUUAUGAUGUCAUCUUUGCGUCGGGCCCCGAGGAGCUCCUCCGCAGGUUCCGGAGGUACGGUCACCGGGUCAUCUUCUCGGCGGAGGGCUUCUGCUGGCCGGACCAGAGGCUGGCCUCCAAGUACCCCCCUGUCCACGUAGGGAAGAGGUACCUCAACUCUGGAGGCUUCAUGGGCUAUGCCCCAGACAUCAGCUCCAUCGUCCAGCAGUGGAGAAACAAAGACAGCGACGAUGACCAGCUGUUCUACACCAAGAUAUACCUGGACCAAACCCUACGAAGCAAGUACAACAUGACGCUGGACCACCGAUCCAGAAUAUUCCAGAACCUCAACGGAGCCAUUGAUGAGGUGGUGUUGAAGUUUGAGAAGGCCCGGGUGAGGGUCCGGAAUGUUGCUUACGAUACACUUCCUGUUGUCAUCCAUGGCAACGGACCCACCAAGCUCCAGCUGAACUACCUGGGCAACUAUGUCCCUACGGCCUGGACCCAUGAGAACGGCUGUGGCGUCUGUGACAACGACGUACUGGACCUCAACGACCUGCCGGACGAGGAGCUACCCCUGGUGUAUGUUGCAGUGUUUAUUGAGCAGCCGACUCCGUUCCUGGAGGAGUUUCUGGAGAGGCUGACGACCUUCAACUACCCCGUUUCUAGGAUACGACUCUUCAUACACAACAACGUGGUGUAUCAUGAGCGGCACAUCCAGAAGUUCUGGGAGCGCCACAGGGCCUUGUUCCCCGAGGCCCGCCUCGUGGGUCCGGAGGAGAACCUCCAACAGGACCAGGCCAGAACCAUGGCUGUGGAGGCGUGUAAGAAGAACCCAGACUGCGACUACUACUUCAGCAUCGACUCUGACGUGGCGGUCGUCAACAACGACAUCCUGCGCCUACUCAUCGAGGAGAACAAGCCGGUGAUCGCUCCCAUGCUGUCCAGACAUGGGAAGCUAUGGAGUAACUUCUGGGGCUCUCUUAGUCCCGAGGGCUUCUACUCCCGCUCCGAGGACUACAUCGACAUAGUCCAGGCCAAGAGAGUGGGUGUGUGGAACGUGCCCUACAUCACCCAGGUGUACCUGAUCCAGGGCAAGGUGCUGAGGUCCCGGCUGGCCCUGAGCAGCCUCUACCAGCAGGAGGGCAUGGACCCCGACAUGGUGUUCUGCAGGACCAUACGCGACCAGGGUGUGUUUAUGUUCGUGUCGAACCGAGAUGAGUUUGGUCGCCUGGUCUCCUCCACCAACUACAACACCUCCAGACUCCACCCUGACAUGUGGCAGAUCUUCGACAACCCUUUGGACUGGAAGGAGAAGUACAUUCAUGAAAACUACUCCAAGAUUUUUACGGACCAGAAGAACUUUGUCGAAGAGCCGUGUCCAGAUGUAUACUGGUUCCCCGCCUUCUCCGAGAGGAUGUGUGACGACCUGGUGGAGACCAUGGAGGAGAACGGGGAGUGGUCUGGUGGACGCCACAAGGUAGAGAGAGAGAGAGAGAGAGAGAGAGAGAGACUUUGAGAGAGAGGGAGAGAG